AUGUCCAAACCGAGUAUCGUUCAUGAUGAGAUGGGGAUAGGGAACGAAGAUGCUGGACCUCGAGUGCCGCUCACUGAGGAGGAGAGUAAGCGCAUCUGUCGCAAGACAGACCGCACCAUUCUUUUGGUGCUCGUCUGGGUCUAUUUCCUGCAGAUCCUGGAUAAGACGGUGUUGGGAUAUGGUGCCACAUUUGGUUUGCAGAAAGACAUAGGAUUGACAGGGAAUCAAUAUUCCCUGGUGGGAUCGAUUGGCCCUAUUGCUCAGCUUGCCUGGCAGCCCUUCUCCUCCGUCCUCAUCGUCAAGGUGCCGCCCAAAAUCCUCAUGCCGAUCUUGUGCCUAGGAUGGGGAAUUGCGCAAGCUUGCAUGGCAGCGUGCCACAACUUCAACUCCCUCAUGGCCGCACGCUUUUUUCUUGGUCUGUUCGAGGCUGGAUGCCUGCCGCUCUUCGGUGUCAUCACCAGCCAGUGGUACCGACGUGCUGAGCAGCCAUUGCGCAUCGCAGCGUGGUACAGCACCAACGGACUAGCCACCAUCGUGGCGGCUGCCCUAUCGUACGGUCUGGCCCACAUCAAGUCUGACGUGCUAUUCCCGUGGCAAAUUAUAUUCCUAUUUGUGGGUCUUUUGACCAUAAUUUCGGCCCCGAUCGUAUACUGGCGCCUGGACAACGACGUAACGACUGCACGCUUCCUGACCGAGAUCGAGAAGGCACAGGCCGUGGAGCGUUUACGCGCCAACCAAACCGGCACCGGUAACACUGAAUUCAAAUUCAAUCAUGUUCUCGAAGCAGCACUGGAGCCCAAGACUUAUUUGUGGAUCGGCAUGGCCAUGCUCCUCAAUAUCGGCGCCAGCGUGACCAACACCUUCGGCCCUCUCAUACUCGGCGGUCUGGGCUACGACAAGUACAGAACGACGCUGCUGACCAUGCCAUUUGGUGCGCUACAAUUUUUCAUUAUUCUCCUGGCCAGCUUUUUGGCUCGAACGGCACGGGUCAAAGGCGCCAUUUUGGCCGCAUUCAUGCUUCCCGUGGUUGCAGGUCUUGCAAUUCUCUAUGCAGUCGCUCGGACCAAAUCCGAGCAAAGUGCUCUUCUUGCGGGUUAUUACUUGCUGUCAUUCCUUUUCGGUGGUAACCCAUUGGUCGUUACAUGGAUUAUUGGUAACACGGCGGGGAGCACCAAAAAAUCCGUCGCCAUGAGUUUGUACAACGCGGCAAGCUCCGCUGGCAACAUUGUGGGACCCCUGUUGUUUACUUCCAAGGAUGCGCCCGGCUAUCACCCUGGUCUACGUGCUUGCUUGGCUAUUUUCAGCGCCAUGACCGCUGUCGUAUUUGUUCAAUGGGCCAAUCUGUGGUUCCUCAAUCAACAACAGGCUCGUCGUCGAGUUCGCAACGGGAAAAGCGCCCGUAUCAUCGAUCAUUCGAUGCAGAGCCACUUCCACGGUAUAGAAGAAUCCGUGGAUGAGGCUGGACAAGACGUGGCUCAUGCAGGGUCCAAUACGGCCGAGGAUCUCACGGACCGGGAGAACGAUGAGUUCGUGUAUAUCUACUGA